UGUGUAACCCCCGAAACUAUACAUGUACAAAGUCUCAGCCCCCUUUCUAUUGUAGCUGUGCUGUUUUUCUUCUCAAGUAAAUUGGGUUCUUUUGGUUUUUCCCGUCGUACUUCGUCCUUCUCUUACCCACUCAUCCCCUCUUUCCUUGCAACUUCAUAGAAUCUCUACGAUCACCAAAUGUACCUUCCAUACCAUAUAUUUCUCUGGAUGGUAGUCUCUUUCCGCCUCCACGCACAGGGCCUCCCCAAGACCUACUCUAUCACUUCUCAAUCAGAAUACAUAGUCGCUCGAGAUUGCGUCAAAGGAUGUCUCUGGCUUGAUGAGUCAGGGAACUCUCUUCCAGGGACUCUCGGCUGCGGAAUAUUUCCCAUCUACGACGAGUGUAUCUGCAACGCCAACCUAGCCAGCUCAGCAGAUGCCUAUCUCAGUUCCUGCGUCUUAAGUAAAUGCAGCAAUAGCGCAGACGUCAAAACGGCGAUCUCGGUAUAUUCUGGUUACUGUGCCGCCGCAGUCGGUCCCGCGAAUGCUGCCGCUCAAACUACCACUCUAGGUGGAGGCGGUGGUGUUCUGCCAACACAAACGAAUGUCAAUGUCAUCACUGCGACGGCCACCCCGACGUCUCGAGUAACUUAUUCUUCUGCCGGUACGUCGGCAUCUCGUUCAGCGAUGAUUAUUCUUCUCGCAUUCGUCGGUGCGUUACUGCAGUGCUGAAUCUUUUCUCGACUUAGAAAGCACAUCUCCAAUUCCCCCUUUAUCAAGGAGCUCCCCUUCUUCGAUAUCCCCAUCCGGAACUCUUGUUAAUAUGUUUACUACUUCGUGGAUCACUCCAUCACCUACAAAUACCGACGCUUCAGCAGCGAAUGGUGGGGGAGAUGGGAUUCCAAAGGCGGAUAAAAUCACAAUUGGAGUCACUGUUGGGCUUGGUAUUCCUUCGUUGGCUAUUGCGGUUGUUAUGUUAAUCUUAGCUUGGAAGCAACGUCAAGACAAAAAGAAGAAAACGGCGAUCCUUACCUAAAUUUGGUGCUGUAAGAUUGCUACUGAUAGAUACCCGAUUUAGAGGCCGCGAUGAAAUUUCUAGAUUAUGUAUGAUGUAUCAGAUGGUUCGCUUGUUCAGGUAGAGAAA